AAAGCGCUCCCAAUAAUUUAAAAAAAAAAAAAAAGAGAACCCUAAGGAGUCUCCUCUUCUUCAUCUCACAAAUUUCACGGUGAGCUCGUUCGAGAAAAUUUUGUAACUUUUUUUUUUCAAUUUGGGGGUAAAUUUUCAAGAUUUGUUGCCAAAAACCAUUGAGCAAGGAAUGUAGGAGGAAAAAAAAAAUUAAAAAGGAGAAGCAUAAUUGCACAUUUCAGUACUGGUGAGUAAGAAGAACAAUAGCUGCAGUUAUGCAAGAAUCCAAAAUGAAAUCUUCGAAGGACACUCGAAGCACUGCAGAAGUGCAACCACCUGUACAAGUUAUGCACGACUUACAAAGUAACCAGCAAAAUCAACUAGCCAAUGAGGCUCCUGGAACGGAUUCUAGUUCGAUACCAGCUGCAACUAGUGAUAAUAGAAAGGUUUCUCAUGAAGACAUUGAACUCGUCCAGAAUUUGAUAGAGCGUUGUCUACAACUGUAUAUGAAUAAGGCGGAAGUGGUUAGGACUCUUUCGACUCGUGCUAGAAUAGAACCUGGUUUUACUACACUAGUAUGGCAGAAACUGGAAGAAGAAAAUUCUGAGUUCUUCAGGGCUUACUACAUCAGGCUGAAAUUGAAAAAACAGAUCAUCUUAUUCAAUCAGUUAUUGGAGCACCAGUACCAUCUCAUGAAGUACCCAGCUCCACCUAAGGUUCCACUAACUCCUAUACAAAAUGGGAUUCAUCAUAUGCCUGAAGACUUGAAAUUGGCAAAGAAUUUCUUCUAUGAUAUUGCAGUUAAUAAUUUACCCAUGGGAUACCCAGUUCUUCAGCAGCCCCCAAUGCCAACACCAGGUCAACCUCAUCUCAAUUCUAUGGGUUGCGGACCAUCCAGCUGUCAUGUAGUGAACGGAAUUCCUGCUCCGGGCAAUUUUCACCCAAUUUGUAUGAAUUCCGGCAAUGACAUUGUGAUGGACAAUGGCACACCUGAAGCUUCUGCUCGUGGAGCCUCUUCAUGCAACAACAAUGCCAUGGCCAUGAGUCCUGCAUCAGGGGCAUCGAGCAACAACCAUUUCCCUUUCACUCCAUCGGAGAUAUCGGGGAUGGCCAUGGAUGCGUCAUUCGCUUCUGAAAUGGGGAGUGAAGGCACCUUGCAACUAGGGCACGAUGGGGGAGUCGAACAGUCUAGCAACUCGAUCAGAUCCGUAGAAGAUUUUUGGAAUGAUUGA